AUGUUGAAGCAGGUCCUACUCGUUCUCUCUGCCCUGGCAUUGGUCGGGGCACAGGUACCAAGUUUGGGAUGGUGUCCCGAGUAUGUACCUAUGGCCAACUUCGAUAUCGGAAAGUUCUUGGGCGUGUGGUACGAGGCAGAAAGGUACUUCCAGCUGUCGGAGGUGGUGUCCCGUUGCGUGAUGGCUAACUACACCCGGGGAAACGAUUGCAAAUUGCGUGUCAGCAACGAAGUCACCAACAGAUUUACUGGGGUUAAACGAGUACUGGAGGGUGAGAUCAAGCCAGCAGCAUCGAAGGCUGAAGAAGGCAAGCUUCACGUCAGAUACACGACUGUCCCGUUGACACCAGAAACUUCUUACGCCGUUUUGGAGACUGAUUACAAGAACUACGCGGUUUUGUGGAGCUGCUCUGGCAUCGGGCCCGUUCACGCGCAAAACGCCUGGCUGAUGACUAGGCAGCGUCGGCCGUCUGGGGAUGUCCUCCAGCAGGCUUAUGGAGUUCUGGACAAGUACAAGAUAUCCAAGACGUUCUUCGUGAAGACUGACCAGAAUGACUGCGCCUACCUGGACUCAGCCCCUCCAGCUGAUCCCCCAGCAGAAGACGAAAACCAAGCAGAUCCUGUUGAAGAGCCUCACGAAGGCGAGAAUCUCCGAUCUUCGAUCAUCCCAGAUGCUCCUGAGAUCAUCAUCCAGACAAGGAAAGCCGAGCUUUCUGAGAAAGCGAAGGAACCGAAACCAGAAGAGGUGAAAGCUGCGCCGGCGAAAGCAGAACCUUUGAAGGUUGAACCGGUUAAAGAAGAGCCGGUGCUCACCGAAGUCAUCAAAGAGGAGAAAAAGCCUGAGACCGUCCCAGAGGUAAUCUUGAAGACCGCUGAGAUCAGCAAGGAGACACCUCCAGCCAAAGAACCCGAAGAGCCGGUCAAACACGUCCAGAAGACCGAAUCUGCCCUGAGUGAGCCUGAUAAGCCCCAGGAACCUGCUGAAAAACCCAUUCAACUCCCCAAAGAGGAACCGAAGAAGACGGAUCAUUUGAAGUCGUAGAUCCGCGGUUUCCCUCAAUUAUUUCGUAUUUAAUGAUAAGGUCAAUGCCCGGAGAUUUAGGCUUGCUGUGGUUGAUAAUAAUGAAGACCCAGCCAGUCUCGCCUAAAAUCGUCCGAAAUUAAUUGUAUUCUCGGUAGAUCAAGCGUAGCUGUGGUAGACUGAAUG